CCGGUAUAUUUGUACACACAGCGUGUCCUCGUAUAGAUUGAUAUGAUACAACCAGGUAUCCCCUUCAAAUUCGUCAUGCAUAAUAGAGAACGAACUGGUUACGAAAUAUGUGUGUGACAGUGUUAAAAGUAUUGUGUAUUUGAACACAUCACACUCAGUACAAUAUCUAUAGGUUGUGUCAGAUUCGGUAUGAAGAUGCCGCUGUCUGUUUCACUGGUAGCCUGUAUAUGGCCGUGUAUCAUCGCUACCACAACAACAGAUAGCCUUCUACACAACGAAGACUGCUCGCUAGGUUACUAUACAAACGACAUUGAUACACAGCGUGAGGAACAGGUCAAAUAUUAUAUCUACUGCCCAAGCCCCUUACAUUGCUGUGGUUCGUUUGGAUAUCGUAUUUGUUGCGAACCCCCAUCUACAGGCGAUGCUUACCCAUCAAUCAACGCUAUUGUAUUCGGCAGCAUCGCCGCAGCAAUCAUGUUCGUGUUUUUUGGCGUAUGUGUCAUUGUUAAAUGGAGACAGCCACCCCGAUCAGCCGCACAUCCACAAGCGCAGGCUCUUAGGGCUAUCACAGGUGGAUUUAUACCACGUACACCGUUCCAAGGACUGACUCUGACUACAAAUACUGAUAAUACAGUUGAGACAUCCAGCUCCUACAUUCAGACAGUCAGAACGUCUACCACCAACUCCCAAACAGCAGACAAUAACGUUACAAUACCCCCUCCACUCUAUGAGGAUUGUAUACGGAAUAACGUUAUCAUGCCGACGUCAGUGUCUAAGGAAAACUCUUUGUUUACAAACCUUACGAACACAAAUUUGGACCAUGCUGUCCCACCUGUUAGUGCACAAGGACAACAUAUAAACUCCUCUGACAACACAAUUAGACUUUGAUAUCUGACGUAAUGACAACUUUAUGACGACUAUCAUGACUACGUCAAUAUCGUCAUUGUUAUUGUCUUUACUAAGUAGUAUGUCUUAACAGCAAAUGAUUGGUUUAAGUCUCAGUUGAUAUAAGUAUUAUAUAUUGAAAGAUACAUCCUUUUGACAUUUUAGCUAUACUUUUCUUCUCGAGAGUCCACUUUAUUGAUGACGGCAUUGUGUGAUUAAGACUCGUGUAACUUCUAGAACAACUGGUCCCCCCCCAAAAAAAAUGCACCACUCCAGUUGCAAAGAAUAUGUAAACUUAGGUUUAAAUAAAACGCAUUUGUGUUCAUUUAUGAAUGAUAUAUUAACGAAGGAAUGAUAUUAGCCAUGAAUAUUAACAAGUCUAACUAUACACGAAAUGCUACAGAU